UGUAAAUUGCAUUACACAAUCGAAGAUUUCGAGUUUCUUUCGGGAAAAUUGUUUAUACAAAUUGGAAUUUGAUUCGGAUUUAGAUUUCAUUUUUACUGUCUCGUUUGAUUUUAUUGGAUAUGGCGUUGAGUAUCACGCAUCAGAUUGGAGCACUGGCCGGAACUCCGGUGACCUCGGAAACCAGUAACAACUCAUCCGGUGAAGCGGCAGCGGCGCUGAAUGCGGCGGUGUUAAGGAAGUCGCCGGCGUCAACACUUAGAUGCAGAGUGCAGAGGACGGACGUAGUAGAUACGCUUUCGCCGCCGUUGAGUCCGUGCAGAUCGCCGGUGCUGGGAGGGAUGCGGCCGGAUUUGUCGGUGGCGUGCCAAGCGUUCGCGACAGAGGUGGAGGCUCCGGCAGAGGUGAGGGAGUACAAAGAAGGAAGAGAGAAAGAGAAGGGGAAAGGAGUGCCGGUGUACGUGAUGAUGCCGUUGGAUAGCGUGACGAUGGGGAACACGGUGAAUCGGAGGAAGGCGAUGAACGCGAGUUUGCAAGCGCUGAAGAGCGCGGGAGUGGAGGGAGUGAUGAUGGAUGUGUGGUGGGGAUUGGUGGAGAGGGACGCGCCGGGAUCGUACAACUGGGGAGGCUACACGGAGCUUCUGGAAAUGGCCAAAAAGCACGGCCUCAAAGUCCAAGCCGUCAUGUCCUACCAUCAAUGUGGCGGAAACGUUGGUGACUCUGUCACUAUUCCAUUGCCUAAAUGGGUGGUGGAAGAGAUUGAUAAGGAUCCAGACCUUGCGUACACUGAUCAAUGGGGGGGAAGGAAUUACGAAUACCUAUCAUUGGGGUGCGACAACCUUCCCGUUCUUAAAGGCCGAACGCCGGUCCAGUGUUAUGCAGACUUUAUGCGUGCUUUCAGAGACAAUUUCAAGCACCUUCUCGGUGACACCAUUGUGGAAAUCCAAGUGGGAAUGGGCCCAGCUGGUGAGCUCCGUUAUCCAUCCUACCCCGAGCAGAAUGGGACAUGGAGAUUUCCAGGAAUUGGAGCCUUCCAAUGCUUUGACAAGUAUAUGCUGAGUAGUCUAAAAGCUGCUGCUGAGGCUGCCGGUAAACCCGAAUGGGGGAGCACAGGCCCAACAGAUGCCGGCAGCUACAACAACUGGCCUGAAGACACCACAUUUUUCCGGAAAGAAGGUGGUGGCUGGAACUGCUCCUAUGGCGAAUUCUUCCUCUCCUGGUACUCCCAAAUGCUGCUAGACCACGGGGACAGAAUCCUCACUGCGGCCAAAUCAACCUUCGAGAACACCGGCGUCAAGAUCUCCGUGAAGAUCGCGGGAAUCCACUGGCAUUACGGCCACCGCUCCCACGCCCCUGAGCUCACAGCAGGCUACUACAACACCCGGUUCCGCGACGGCUAUCUCCCAAUUGCCCAAAUGUUGGCCCGCCAUGGCGCCAUCUUCAACUUCACCUGCCUGGAGAUGCGCGAUCAUGAGCAGCCACAGGACGCCCUGUGCGCCCCAGAGAAGCUGGUCCGGCAGGUGGCUAUGGCGACCCACAAAGCCGGAGUCCGUCUUGCGGGCGAAAACGCUCUGCCGCGCUACGACGAGUUCGCCCACGAGCAGAUCCUGCAGGCCUCCUCGUUCAAAGGGGAAGGGGACUCGGAGGAGAGAGAGAUGUGUGCAUUCACGUACUUGAGAAUGAACCCUCAGCUGUUUCAGGCUGACAAUUGGAGAAAAUUUGUGGCGUUUGUGAAGAAGAUGAAGGAAGGGAAGAACCCAGAAAAGUGCUGGGAGCAGGUGGAGAGGGAAGCAGAGCAUUUUGUUCAUGUUACCCAACCUCUGGUUCAAGAGGCUGCUGUUGCUCUGAUGCAUUAGAAAGGUCGAAGUUGGGUACUACAGUGUUGUAUUUGUACUUGUAUUUGUAUUUGUAUUUGUAGACUGAGUCCAUACAGAAAGUUGAUGAUUGAUAGGUUCAAUAAUGGCGGUCUGGUGGUCGUCUGUGCGUUUUCUGUAGCUCUCUGGUUUUUAGUUUGAUGUAGCUAUGGAAAAAUGAAAGCUAAUUUCUAUGAUAUGGGAAACCUGUUAGGAAGAAAA